GGAAACUAAACAAGGAAUUCGGAUUUGAAUGAUCUUACGUGUCAUUCCCAGAGUCUCAAACCUCCUGGACACUUUUGGUGAACGAAAUCCCAGCUGGUUGCUGUGCGUUGAUGAGCUGUGGUCACCUUGGUAGCUGUUGCUAACGGCAGAAGCAUGAAGGCUUUGAUCCUGGUCGGAGGUUACGGGACGCGACUGAGACCGCUCACCCUCAGCGUCCCAAAACCUCUGGUGGACUUCUGCAACAAACCCAUCCUGCUGCACCAGCUGGAGGCAUUGGUGAAGGCGGGGGUGGACCAUGUGAUUCUGGCGGUGAGCUACAUGUCGGAGCUGCUGGAGAGAGAGAUGAGAGUCCAGGAGGAGAGACUUGGGGUUCGUAUCUCUCUGUCUCAUGAGAAGGAGCCUCUGGGCACAGCCGGCCCCCUGGCGUUGGCUCGAGAGCUUCUGAACAUCGACAACGAGCCGUUCUUCGUCCUGAACUCAGACGUCAUCUGUGACUUUCCGUUCAAAGACCUGCUGCAGUUCCACAGCAACCACGGCAAGGAGGGGACCAUCGUGGUGACGCGGGUGGAGGAGCCCUCUAAGUACGGCGUGGUGGUGUUUGAGGCGGACAGCGGCAGGAUCCACCGCUUUGUGGAGAAACCACAGGUCUUCGUCUCGAACAAGAUCAACGCUGGCAUCUACAUCUUCAAUCCCAGCAUGCUCAGCAGGAUCCAGCUAAGACCAACAUCUAUAGAGAAAGAGAUAUUUCCUGUCAUGGCAGAGGAGGGCCAGCUGUACACGAUGGAGCUACAAGGUUUCUGGAUGGACAUCGGUCAACCUAAAGACUUUCUCACAGGGAUGUGUAUGUACCUUCAGUCGCUACGGCAACACGCUCCUGAGAGGCUACGCACGGGACCCGGUUUCCUUGGCAACGUUCUCGUGGACCCCACAGCGCAGAUCGGGGAGAACUGCACCAUCGGGCCGAACGUCACCAUCGGUGCGGGGGUGGUGGUGGAGGACGGCGUGAGGAUAAAGCGCUGCACGGUGAUGAAGGGGGCGCGGGUCCGAUCUCACUCCUGGCUGGAGAGCUGCAUCGUUGGGUGGAGCUCCUCUGUGGGCCAGUGGGUUCGUAUGGAGAACGUGACGGUGCUGGGGGAGGAUGUGAUCGUGAACGACGAGCUUUACCUGAACGGUGCCAACGUGCUGCCUCACAAAUCCAUCAACGAGUCGGUCCCAGAGCCGCGGAUCAUCAUGUAGCGGCAGGAGGAAGGGAAGACCAGCGCCUCUCUUCUUAUACGAACUCCACUGACAGCCAAACUGUGCCAGAGAGAGAAGGACGGACAGAGGGGUGGAGGAAAGGAGAAGAAAGAGGAGGCAAAAGAGAACAACAAGGUGUCUGUUAUAAUUUGGACUAUUUAGCCCUGCUUGGCUGCACCGUCCAUCAAUAAGAAACAAUGGCGUACGCAUGAUCUUGGACGAUAAUGUCCUGAUUGUUGCCGAGGUUAAAGGUCUUGCGUGAGCACUGCUAUAGAGAGCGGGAAAUUCACACCAAACGCAGAGCGACAUUUUAGUUGUCUGUUUAUUACAAUGGUACGAACCCAAAAUAAAAUAUAUUUACUUAUGGUUAAACUGCAAUAAAAAGAUCAAAAGGUUACUGAAGUCAUUCGAUCAUCACGCCGAACAAAUCCACUCAUAAUCUUGUCCGCAUUAUAUGUGUAAGCAAUGGAACCACAGGAAACAUUAGCUCUGCGUUUGAUGUGAACGCUCCGUUAGAGUUAUGGGGCUGAUAUUCUUCUGGUUGUCUGUUAGAAGGUGAAGGGACUACUGUGAAGUGUAUUCGGGGGGGGGGGGGGGGGAUCGGUUAGUGAGCGAUAUGAACAUUGCUGUUUUAGAUUCACUAUGCGUUAACAUGUCCUGGGUGAACAGUGAACAGGCACUGAAGGAUCACACUAAAUGUGUCUCUAGGAAUCCUAACUGACAUUGAGAUGCAGUAUAAGUUAUAGUUGAUCAAUUAUUAUAGUUUUUUUAAACUGGGUUACAUGAGGUACCGAUCCAUAGUCGGUGUAACACCUACAGUACAUGGCGGUAGCAGUUUGGAAAAACAAACAGAAACAACACAACAGAGGAAAAAACAAGAGGCCUUCUUAAAUAAAAUCUAUAUCCGUUUAAGUGAAUGCUUUAGAAUAAUAUUUUCAACGCUUACAUUUUCUGUCAGGGAACUGAAGCUGCAACCAGUCUCCAAUCUUUACCUUGCAGAACAUGGGAGCUGCUGGUCUACUGCUGCUUCAAUAGUUGAGUUUGUUUGUGUUGUUUUCAAAUCAACCCUAUCAAAUACCUACAGUACGUUACAUAAUAAGACAAAUAAAUGAGCCCGCUCUUUACUUCUUGUCAGCUAGGGUUGUAACGGCAUAAGAUUUUGAAAGUAUAAUAUAUUACAGUAUCUUAUUCAAAUUAGUUUUCUUAUUAUUUACAGUGACCCUUUAAAGAAUAGGACCCGAAUGAAUACUAUAAACCUGAUACAAAAAAAACAUACCUCUGUUAUGAUAGAUGAAUUGUAAAGCCCUUUUUGCUGCAUUCUGUUCAUAUACAGAAGCUGUAUGACUAAAAUGAAUUAGUUCCUAAUUUAACUAAAGCAUGUAAGUGUACAUGCAAGCACUAUUUUAGCUAUCAGCUUAAAGUUUAAUAAUGUCCUAAUGUGAACAUAUUUUGUAUGUGUGUAGCUUUGAACUCACACACCUAAACGUCAUUUCUUUUCAACACUGUAUAUAAACAAAUGUACACAAUUUGAUAAGUUGGUCAACUUUAAUACCAAGAUACCUUUAUACCCUUACAACCCUAGUGUCCUCCUUGUUGUAAAAACUAGAUUUUAACAUUCAACAAGGACAAAUCCAUGUAUCCCUAAUAUUAAAAUGAGGCGGCCAUGUUUGUGUCUUAAAGUCUCUCAUUUGACCCUGAACACUGUCCCGCCUCAGAUCUGAUCCCUGAGCAGAUUGCGGUUCUUUCAAGUUGUCUUUCUGUUUUUCUGUAGUGAUGAACAGUUUAGGACACUGAACAUGUAAAGACGUUGAGUCUGAAUGAAUGAAGUAAACUCUUGUAAUGAAGUCUUUUUUAAAGGAAAUAAUAUAAUCUGCUGAUCACA